UCAAACAUUAACAUUCUCCAUUAGUUGACGGGUCUGUAAAACAUCCAGACAGUGACAAGCAAAGGUGAUGCCUAAUCUUUUUGUUCAAAGUGCACAGACUUACUUUACAGCAACACAAGACAUCAAACUCUGGAUUCUCUCCGUUAAACACCUAGAGCCAGUGGCGGUUCUACAUUGAAUUACUCCCCGUGCGAGACCCCCCUCUACCUUGAGGUGUGAAUGAAGCCGGAGGCUUGGCUGGAGCUGGGAGGCAGAUGGUGCCAUUUCAUUACUAUUAAAGAUAAACCCGGACUUUAUGUAACAUGUGUCACAUCUUAAAUGUUUUCUUCCAACUACAAAAUCAGAAGCGUCUCUACAGAAGUUUGCAGCCAGUGUGUAUAAUUUAUAAAUAAAAAUACCUGGAGCAAAAAGUGAAAGGUUUGCAACACGGGGUUGUAACUUUCUAAGAGACUUGAGUCACGUGGUUGUCUGGGCAUUACGUCAAAAACAUGCGACGUAAUGUUUGUUUAACACCAGGUCAAAAUGGAGCUGAGUUCUUCACUAAUACGUCCAUGGCCGAACACGGAGGAAAACUCUUCCAUAACAGUCGCCUUACUUUAUUCCGUUUUAAGCCUUAAUGUGCCUUCGGUGUUCGAUGACCAGAUGCUGGAGCUGUACCGUCUCCAAACGGGGCUCCUGAGGCGGAGGAGGCAGCGGGAGAUGAUGGAAAUGGACCGGCGGCGGCGACAGUAUCUGCGGAGGAGGAGAGCCUUCCUGCUGUCCUCCAUCGCCGCUGUCCUGAGUCUCAUGACCUCCACCAACAGGCCCGUCUGGGUCAGACACCGGAGCCCAGGUCACAACAUCUGGUCCAUGGCCGAUUCGUUCGACGACGAUGAGUGGAAGGCGCAGUUCCGCGUGUCCCGAGCGACCUUCGACUACCUGGUCGAACUGAUCGGCCCGGCCAUUAAACGCCGCAGGACGAACUACCGCGCCCCCAUCGAACCGCGCCGCAGGCUGGCCAUCACCCUGUGGUGGUUCUCCCGGUCCGGAGAGUACCGCUCCAUCGCCGACAUGUUCGGGGUAGGGAUAGCCACGGUGUGCGUGAUUGUGCGCCAGGUGACCUCAGCCAUAGUGGAGCGGCUGUAUCACCGCUUUGUGUCGCUCCCGAGCGGGCAGCGGCUGGACGACACCAUCAGAGCCUUCAAGGACCGCUGCUACCCGCAGUGUGCCGGGGCCAUCGGCGUGACCCACAUACCAAUAGCUCCUCCGAGGACCAACCCCGAUCACUACAUCAACAAGAAAGGGUGGCACUCCGUUAUUUUGCAGGCUGUGGUCGACCACAACGUUUGCUUCACUGAUGUGUAUGCUGGCUGGCCUGGGAGCACCAACAGUGCCACGGUGCUGUCCAGCUCAGACCUGUACCUGAAAGCAGAGGACCGCCCCGAUGGUUACCUGUUCCCCAGGGAGAGAUCUCUUGUGUCUGAUGGAGUGGAGAUCCCCGUCCAUCUGAUUGGGGAUCUAUCAUUCCCGCUGAAGCCCUGGCUGAUGAAAGGAUACAGCGAGGAACACCAGCUCUCUCCUGUGCAGCGUCGCUUCACCUACACCCUCUCUGCAGCUCGGUCUGUGGUUGACACUGCUUUCACACGGCUGAAAGGACGCUGGAGGUGUCUCCUGAAGAAAAGCGACAUUGACAUCUUGAUGAUGCCCAGAGUUGUCGCUGCGUGCUGCGUGUUACACAACAUUUGUGAACUCAGAGGAGACGGUUUCCUUCCUGAGUGGAACACUGAGAUGGCUCCUUCUGGAAAUUAUUUAAUACAGCCUGAUAGAGAACUACAUGCAGAAGACAUGUACUGCACUGCUGAGGUGAUCAGAGACACUAUCACCUAUAACCUCUUGACAAUAUUGCAGUACUGAACACAGACUGACUUCAGUAACGUCCCAGCAGCUCAAUAAAAAUCAAGACAAAGACCUGCCAUUAUUAACUUCUGCAGUGUAGAAGUUACACGAGCAAGAUAACCUUACAGAGUUUUAAUGACAUUUCUAGUGUUGCUUAGAUUUGUCUUUAAGAUGUUAAUUAAAUCAUAUAAAAUCUUGAACUUCCUGUCACUGUUUCCACAGAAUCAUUAAAUCAGAACAUGAAAAACUGCUAAAUGUUUAUAACAUCAGUAGCAAUCAGUGCUGCAGUUUUCUACAUCACACUGAUGUAGCGCAAAUGAUAUUUUUUAGCAAUCACAAUUUUGUGUUAAUUGUACUUAUUUCAAUUUUAUGCUUCUUUAUACUUUUACUCUACCACCAUUCAGAACUAAAUAUAGAACUUUAUACUACACUACAUUUAAGUACAGGUUAUUGAUACAUCUGUUACAUUUUCAGUUUUAACAGUUCUACAGUCCAUUGUGUGCAGGUGUAAAUGUUAAUAACCUCUUCUAAAUGGAUU